AUGUUAGCAUUUAUGAGAAAAUUAAGAAUGGCCAAAAGUCAAAGAGAUGAACUAUUGAAAUUAGUAAAUGAUUUUUUUCCAACACCAAAUAAUUCGCCAACAACCUCAAUAAAAUUAUGCAGUUCAUUAGGUUUGACGUCAAAUCAUCAAACAUAUACAUUUUUUAGUAAUUGUUUAAGGGAAAUGAAAUAUGGACAAUGUGUAAAUAACAAUUGUCAAUUUUCAAAUGAAAAAAUAAAUAUAGAUCAAAUAUUUGAUUUAUGUUUAAUGAAUUUAAAAUAUCCAUCGGAAACAAUAGUAAGGUCUAAUUACGAUCUAUUAUUAAAUUAUCAGAAGGUAGCACGUUUAAAACGAAAUGAUUUAACUGACAUAACAUCAUCCAUUUAG